UGACCAUGAGCAAAUGCAAUUUAUCGGAAAAUCACUGGAGAGAAUUCCACAGAGAAAAUUAAGAACCAAAAUUAAGCAGCAUGUACCAACCAAUUCCACCAGACAAGGCAAAGAAGAUAAAAUUCUUCAAAAGUGGUGACAGUAAUUUUGGUGGUUUACAGUUAGCUGUAUCAAAACGCAAGUAUCGGAGCUUUGAUGGCCUGCUGAGUGAUUUGACGACCAAAGUCCCGCUGCCGUACGGCGUACGGACUAUUCACACGCCUGGCGGUAUCCAUGGAGUACACUCGUUGGAAGAUUUUGAGGAUGGCAAAUCCUACGUUGUCUCAUCUAGCCGUAAAAAAAAACCAAUGGAUUUGGGACGUGUCCAUAAACCUAGGGCAUGGCAUAAUUCACGCCUCAUGUCACCUCAGGAAUCCAGUAUGAAGGGGAGUCCAACUAGCUCGCUCAGCCCUCGAAGCUCUCCAGACCGUGUGGAUGGCAGGAAAGACCUGAGUCCAUCUCGUUUGCCUCGGACUCCUAAGAAAAUCAUGGUGAUGCGGAAUGGGGAUGUACAUACAAAGCAUAUGAUGCUUAUGAACAGGAGGACUGCACAGUCAUUUGAAGAUGUUCUUGCUGAUAUUAGUGAGAUAUUUAGGACACCGGUGAAAAAGCUCUACUCUGCAGAAGGCAUGAAGAUUGAAAGUCUUUCUGGAAUGUUUAAUGGUCCAGAGUUGUUUGUUGCUGCCAAGGCCAAUGAAAAAUUCAAGUUGCAAAAUUACAUUGACAACUCACCAUUUAAAUAUGGCCGCCCUCGCAAUAAAUUACGCCGUAAAUCGGAAGAUUUUUCUGACCAGCCUCCAGCGAAGGUUAUUAAGAAAAGUCGUGGAAAGUGGAAAGUGUUGGUUUGUACAAAUGACAACCCAGCAGCAUCAACCGAUGCUGUUGUAUCCAUCACUGUUUAUGGUGAUAAAGGUAAAACAGAUGAUAUAGAAUUGGGAUCAGGUGAAAACAAGUUUGAGGCAGGUAGCAUCGAUGAAUUCAAUAUUCAAGUUGGUAACAUUGGCGACAUCUACAAGAUCAGAAUUAGUCAAGAUGACAGUACAGAAUUUGCUGGGUGGCUCUGUGAUGAGGUUCAUAUGGAAGAUGUACAAACAGGAGAAUUGAUGGUGUUUCCAUGUCGACGAUGGAUGUCAAGGGAAGAAGAAGACACUGCAAUCUGCCGAGAGCUACCAGUGAUGAAGGAUGGCCAACCUCUUUUUCCAGUUGUGGUAUAUGAAGUCAAUGUGGUUACUGGUAACUAUUGGAAUGCUGGUACUGAAGCUAACGUCUACCUUACAAUUAUUGGUGACCAUGGUGACACGGGACACAGACAGCUGUACAAGUCGCAUAACAAAAAGAAAUUUGAAAAGGGAAAGGUAAGAGAUAAUUAUUAAGAAUAAUAUGUUAUGAGACAACCAAUGUAUUGAGUAGAAAUAGGAUAAGAACUAAAGAACCAAUUUACUAGAAAACUUGACUACUUUAAGGAUGUGGGAAGCAGAUUGGCUCAGUGGAAACAGUUUAGUUUUUCGAACCUCGAGGUUGAGAAUUUUAUCUCUCGCUGUGUAUUUCGCUUGUGUCGCUGAGCAAGGCAUUUUACAUGCAUUGCUUCCCUCCACCAUCUCCUUGUCUCCACUUCAGGUUAUAAAUGGAUACCUGGUGGGGUUGCCUCCUCCUCUACUUGUUACAGCAGCAACGGUUAACC